AUGCGCCCCAGGGCCAGGAGUCCCAAGACGACUCCCCGGCCCGGCGUGGAAGACAGUCUCGAGAAGGCUACCGAGGCCGGGAAUGAGAAAGACAAGUAUGACCAUGGCACACGCGGAGUUGCUGCAGCCACCCGAGGCCUGGGCCUUGUGGGUGUCGGUUUAUGUGCCGUGGCCGCUUUGAGGCUUCAUUCGCUCGGCGCCACAGGACGGAAAGCGCUCUGUUUGAAAGCUCCAAAGAGUGGCCAUCGAGAGCGACGGCACGAAGGAGCGAAGCCGCCACAGAUGCCUCAAGACCAAAUGCGAGGCUGGGAAGAGAGCAGCUCGCUGACCUCCGCCCAACGACGUUUCCAGCGAGCUCCUCUGCCCAAGCCCUCGAUCAUUGGGCGGUUCAAGCUGGUGCCAAGACCACAGCACUUCGAGGCUUUGCAUUCUCAAGCUCAGCCCGGCCCACUGCAAAGUGCAAACGCGUCCCUGUGGUGGGCGACGAAGCAGCCCACGCUGGAAGCCGGAGGUGAAGAAAGGGCAGCUUUGGAUGCCUUCGAAGCCGCCCUUGGUGUGUCCCCCGCUGUGCUGGGCACGAUUCCCAUCCCUUUGGGCUCGGUGGUUGUCUCUGUUCAGGACAGCCUUCGCUCGGCACGGCAGUCCUGCGCUGAGCUUGUCGGCUAUAAACUCCUGAACCACGUUGGUCUUGAGCUGCAGGAGGACUGCCACACCGCAGAGUGGCAUUUCGUGCUCCGGUGGCGUGGGCGCACCGCAAUUUGUGCGACGAGGCCGGAAGGCGCCUUCCGGUUUGCUGCCACGCUCCGGCAGAUGCAAUUUCAAGGAGCAAAGUUCUCCAGCGAUGGAAGUCCAUCCAAUUUUCUCUUGGAGGACUGGCCGCACCACUGCUGGCGAGGACUCCACCUCGACGCGGUACGGAACUGGAUGCCGGUGCCUUUUGUCAAGCAGUACAUCAAGGCCAUGGCAACCUACAAGGCCAAAUUUUUCCAUUGGCAUCUUACAGAUGACCAAGCAUGGAGACUGUAUCUCCCGAGCCGACCAAAGCUUGUCGAAGCACAAAGGGCGACUUCUCCGGAAUUUUACAGUGAGGACGACGUGAGAGAGGUGGUGGACUUUGCAGCACGCCAUUUCGUCACAGUUGUCCCGGUGAUCGAAAUGCCUUCGCAUGUCCUUGCCGUGCUUUCAGUUUACCCUGAGCUGGCGUGCCGUUCAGGCCCCUUCCACGUGCCAGUUUCCCGCGAGGGCAUUUACAAGGAACUCCUCUGCGUUGGCAAGGCUUCUACCCUGCAGUUCGCCGCAGAUGUUCUCACAGACGUUGCGGCGCUUUUUCCCGGCAGGUACAUUCAUGUCGGCGGCGACGAGGCCGUGUUCGAUGCAUGGCAGGAAAGUGAGCAUGUGAGGGCUUUUGCAGGCCAUGUCGGGCUUCGCAACUUGGGGCCGGACAUUUUGGAGGCUUGGUUCUGUGCGGUGGGGAAGAUCCUGAAGGAGCUUGGCAAACAGCCCAUCAUGUGGGACGACCACUUUGAGAACAGGCCGUGGUGCACGAGACUAUGUCCGAAUGCUGAGGAGGACUGGAUUGUCCAAGCAUGGAAGAUGCAGCCACCAGUCGGGGACGGGAUGGCCGCUGAUCCGACCUUCCCCUUUCGGAGCAUCUCUUCUUCCAUGAAGGUGGCGUAUCUUGACUAUCCGCUGGCAUCCAUUGACUUCAAUCGCACCCUGGAGAUGCUGCCUUCGACUGGCCCUCGAAUGCUGGGAGGAUGUGCCACGAUGUGGACCGAAGACACUGCGCCUAAUGCAGUCGGGGCGAAGGUCUACCCUCGUUACCUGGGCAUCGCAGAGAGGUUGUGGGGAGGUAUCGUCGACCCGAGGCACCCGCGGGCCUUGGAUGAAGACCUCUGGACGGCUGCCGAAGCACAUUGCGGUCCUGAGGGGCUGCUCAGCACAGACCUCGGCUUCGCUUGUGGACGAUUCCAGCCCAUGGAGAGCAUCCGGAGCCCGGUAUUCAAGAACGCAACGAUCUCGUCAAGCAUGGAAUCGUUCUCUCCAGCUUUUUCUGAAGACCGUGCCAUCGACACCAGUGACGAGAGCUACUUCUGGGCCGUCGCACCCAAGGCCGGCGACUACAUGGACAUCACCUUCCGCGCCGAGGACAGCCACCGCGGCCUCGUCAAGGGGAAUGACGCCAGCUUUUCCGCGAAGUGGCUUAGCCGGCUUACGAUCAAGACGGGCUCCAAGGACCGACCUGGUGAUCAACUUCUCAAAGGCAUGACGAAGGUGAUGCAGUGGUCGCAGGACCCCGCGACCGGAAAACGCGAGCGAUCGUGGGUCGCUCUGUGCAGCUUCGACCGUGGUAUCUGUGAUGCCCCACAGAACGUCCUUGCAAACGGCCCCAUCUCCUCGAUCCGGAUUCUGGUCUUACAGGAUCAGGAGAAGUGGAUGACAAUGCCGGCCGUCUUGGCUGCACGGCUGCAACGGAAAGAACCAGGACAGGGCAGGGCGAGGGUCCUGCAAGGUCGCGCAUUCAAUGUGACAUGCACACGAACCUGA